GGUACUACAGGGGGACAGCUUGAUUAGACAGCAUGGGCUUUGAGGAGCUGCUGGACCAGGUGGGUGGCUUUGGGCCCUUCCAACUGUGGACUCUGGCGCUCACCGCCCUGCCGCGGAUACUGCUGCCCCUGCAUUUCUUCCUGCCCGUCUUCCUAGCUGCUGUGCCCUCCCACCACUGUGCCCUGCCUGACACCCCGGCCAACAUCAGCCACCAGGACCUGUGGCUGGAGGCCCACCUGCCCCGGGAGCAAGAUGGCACAUUUAGCUCCUGCUUCUACUUUGCCCACCCCCGGGCUCUCCUCAACUCCACACUGUGGAGAGAGGUGCAGAGCCCCGGGGAGCUGGAGGCUGGAGCCUCCACGGUUCCCUGUUCACAGGGCUGGGAGUAUGACAACUCAGAGCUCUCCUCCACCAUUGCUACAGAGUGGGACCUGGUAUGUGAGCACAGAGGCCUGAACAAGCUGACAUCCACCUUAUUCUUCGUUGGUGUGCUGGUGGGGGCAGUGAUCUUUGGAUAUCUGUCUGACAGGUUUGGGAGGCGGCGGCUGCUGCUGGUGGCCUAUGUGAGUUCCCUGGCGCUGGGCCUGGCAUCUGUGGCCUCGGUCAGUUAUGUCAUGUUCACCAUCACCCGCACGCUCACUGGCAUGGCCUUGGCUGGCUUCACUGUCAUCGUGCUGCCGCUGGAGCUAGAGUGGCUGGAUAUGGAGCACCGCACAGUGGCCGGUGUUCUGAGCUCCAUGUUCUGGUCGGGAGGCGUCAUGUUGCUGGCAUUGAUUGGGUACCUGAUACGGGACUGGCGAUGGCUUCUGCUGACUGUCACCCUGCCCUUUGUCCUGGGCAUCAUCAGCAUGUGGUGGAUACCUGAGUCUGCACGUUGGCUUCUAACACAGGGCCGAGUGCAGGAGGCCCAGAGCUACUUGCUCCGCUGUGCCAGGAUCAAUGGGCGCCCUGUGGGCAAGGAUAGCCUGAGCAUGGAGACACUAAGCAAAGUGGCAGCCACAGAACAGGUGGGCCGGAGACCCUCAUACCUGGACCUGUUCCGCACCCCUCGGCUGCGACACAUCUCACUGUGCUGCAUGGUGAUGUGGUUCGGGAUGAACUUCUCUUACUAUGGCCUCACUCUGGACCUGUCGGGGCUCGGGCUGACCAUGUACCAAACGCAGCUCCUUUUCGCCGUGGUGGAGCUGCCCGCCAAGCUGCUGGUCUACGUGAUGGUGCGCCACCUGGGGCGCCGGCCCACGGAGGUGGGCAUGCUGGUGGGCACCGCGCUGACCUUCGGCGUGCAACUGCUGGUGCCUUCGGAAACGAAAUCCUGGCGCACCGCCCUGGCUGUGAUAGGAAAAGCUUUUUCUACAGCCUCCUACACCACCGCCUACCUGUUCACUACAGAGCUGUACCCCACUGUGCUCAGGCAGACAGGGUUAGGGCUGACCUCGCUGGUGGGCCGGCUGGGCAGCUCCCUGGCUCCCCUGGCAGCCUUGAUGGACGGAGUGUGGCUGUCGCUGCCCAACAUUGCCUAUGGAGGGCUCACCCUACUGGCUGCCAGCACUGCCCUCCUGCUGCCAGAGACGAAGCAGGCACAGCUCCCAGAGACUAUCCAGGAUGUGGAGAAGAGGAGUGCCUUGCGCAGUGUUCACGAGGAAGAGAUGCGGAACUGAGCGGAGUUGAGCACAGCCCUCCACAGGCAGCUCUGCGCCGAGUGCCGAGUGCAAAAGGGCAGGCACCUGCAACUCAGACUGGGGGUGCUGAACCCCUCUGCCUCUGGCUGGAUUUGCCAUGGGAGCCUCUGUUCCUGCUUGCCCAGCCAUAGCUAUUCAGCUGCCAGUAACAGGACCACUUCCCAGGAAACAGUGAUUUAUGGGAGGAUCCUGGGCAUCCCUCUCGGGGCUGGGGGGAUUCUGUGAAUAAAGGUGCCUCUUAGGUGGGGGCAGCAGUAAGAAGCUUUGGGAACAGCCUUGGAUAGGAAGCCAUUGAAUUGGCUUUGGGCUCUGAUCUCAGCUUUGCCACCAACUUCCUGUGUGACCUUG